AUGACGUUCAAAAAGACGAAGGUCCUUCCCCGUGCGGUCGCAACCCCUCUAGAACCAAACGAGAACCAGCCACUGCUGCUUGACAACAGCAGUAUUCAGAAUCAUGUUGAAGACUUGAGGGCUCUGCAUCAAACGUCGAGUCGAGCAAAUCAACCGAUCUUAAAGGAGCCCGACGAAGCCACAUGGACCCCGCCUGCCGGCUUCAUGUGGAUGGAAAUCGCCAUCAUGACCAAUGUAUUCCUGUACGGCUUCGACGGUACAAUCACAGCGUCCACAUACGCCGUCAUCAGCUCCGAGUUUGGUGCCGCCAACAAGGCGUCGUGGCUCACCACGUCCUACCUCAUCACGUCGGCUGCCUUUCAGCCACUGUACGGCCCGACAAUCAUCAACUCGGAUCUCAUCCCCUUUCGGAAGCGCGGCAUGUAUCAGGCGAUGCAAAACGGCAUCGUGGGCUUUGGUGCGAUUGGCGGUGCUGCGUUUGGUGGCAGAAUUGCCGACACCAUCGGCUGGCGAUGGUGCUUCAUCGCGCAGGUGCCUUGUGCCAUGGUUGCCCUUGUAUUUGGCGCAAAAGUGCUCACCAAUCCGCCGGGCAUCGCCUCCUCUGUAAAUGACGGACUGGAUCUGGUCUGGAAGCGUGUAGACUUUCGCGGCGCAGUCUUGCUUGUCUCGGCCAUCUCUCUACAAUUGCUCGGACUGAGUCUUGGCGGCAACGAGCUGCCGUGGAGCAGCCCUUGGGUUAUUGGGCUCGUGGUCACCAGCUUUGUGUUGCUUGGCCUGUUCCUGCACGUAGAGGCAACGACAAGCGCUAUGCCAAUUGUCCCGUUGCGUCUCUUUAAAGGAACACUACCGGUCCUCGUCCAGACAGCCAAUCUGUUAGCUGGUGCGGCCGCCUAUGCUUACCUGUUCAUGUUACCUGUCUUCUUCCAGGCUGUUCUACUAGAGCCCGCUGCAAAGGCCGGCGCACGCCUUGCCAUUCCGUCGCUUGCUGGUCCUUUGGGCGGUCUCGUAGCUGGCGUUGUCAUGUCGCGCUGGGAAAGCUUGUGCCCCUCGUGCGCGUCGUACUUUGCCUACAUCUUUCCCGCCAACUUUGGCCAAGGCAUCAUCUAUCCAUCGAUUCUUUUCACCUCGCUGUCUUCCUUCGAGCACGCUGAUCACGCCGUUUCCGCUUCGACCGUCUAUCUAGUCCGAUCUCUUGGUACAGUGUGGGGGGUUUCGAUAACAUCAGCCAUCCUGCAGACGACUCUCAGCAUUCGCCUGCCGGAGGCUUUGGGUGAUGUUCCAAACAAAUGGAAAAUCAUCGAGGACAUCCGACACUCUGUAGAUGCGCUCCACAACCUUCCGCCCGAAAUUCGACUCAAGGUACAGCAUGUUUACUACGAUGGUAUCCGGUAUUGUUUUAUGGCUUCUGCGUCAGCUACUGCUUUAAUUUUCAUUGCGGCACUGCUGGCGAGCUCUACCGCUCUGCGCAAGACUCACUAA